CCACCGCACCACUUCCUUCCACGAAACGCCAGAGGGCAAUUCCAAGGUUUGACCCUCCGUUCCGAGGCGUGAUUUGCGCGAUUCUUGGACCUUCGUCGUCGCGCCGUUGAUGGGUUAUUAAGAGGGAGGGAGAGAGGGGACGGGGUGAUAUGGAGAUGCAGCAAUCGUGGAGGAUGAGAUUCUCCUUCAGGAACGCCACCCUGUUCGUCUGCUUCCUCAACGUCGUCGCCGCUCUCUUCUUGCUCCAGGGCUUCUUCACCUCCUUCUCUGCUUCCUCGCGAUCGGCUCGAUCGAAUUCUGCCAUGCUCCGGUAUAUAAAGGAAUGUGAAGAAAUUCGUCUUUCUAUGCAGCCGUUGGCAUUGAUAAAAAGAGUGAAAGAAAUUCAGCAAGAAGCUUAUACUGAACCUGAAACGGUCCAGCCAAAGCAGACUGCUGCUAUUGAUCUUUCCAAACGGUUAAAGGAUUUCCGUUCAUUUAAUGAUGCUGCCAGUGUGAAAGCUCUGGAGGAAUGGCGUAAGAGGAAGAUGGAGAGAGCGAGACAGCGGGAGUUGGAAAGGAAUGGAACUGCUGCCUUCCAAGCUUGACGCGAAAUUCCGACGACAGUCAAAUGUUUGUAGCGAUACUUUGUAAACCGCACGCAAUCGCCUGUCGUGAAGUAUUUAACAUUAAUGUAUACGAGGACUGGUUGUAUGAUGCAUACUGUGUGAAAAUGUAUAUAUAAUGCAGAACAGUCCACUCAAAAAUGAGCAAUAUAUAGUGAAGACUUUCUGAUUUAA